GAAGACGACAGCGGUUCCGCUGCUGAAAUAAAAUGGCCGAUGUGGAAAUGGAUUUGCGGAGCAAGAGGUUGAAUAACGGGCCAGAGGAUUUGGAGGGUCCAGAAAAGAGCGGGAAUGAUAAUGAAAACGGUGACAUGUCUGGGGAAGACGGAGAGGAGGGUGAGGAGGAAGCAGAGGUGAAUGGAGAGAAGCAGCACAGCGGUUCCAAACAUCACAGUGGCAGCAAACACAAGAAAAAGAAACACAAGCACCGUAGCAAGCACAAAAAACACAAGCAUGCGUCUGAGGAAGAUAAGAAGCGCAAGCAUAGACACAAACAUAAGAAGCACAGACGCAAAGAGGAGGCAUCAUCCUCAACCUCUGGGGCAGCCAACAGGACGACUGAGGAUGGCUUUCCAUCCCUGGGCAACGCAACCUUGGAUGAUAAGGCCCUUUUAGAGGAUCUGGAGAAACAGAGAGCACUGAUUAAAGCAGAGCUGGACAGUCAACUAAUGGAGGGGAAAGUUCAGUCAGGCAUGGGUCUGAUUCUACAGGGUUACAAUUCCGGCUCGGAGGAGGAUGGAGAAGGACAGAGGGCGCGUAAUGGGGAGCAACGGCAAAGAGGUAGUGGAGCUACAACCCGCUCACCCAGGGACCAGAGUGGUAGGCGGGGUAGAUCCAGACGGGACUCGGCGGACACCAGCAAAGCUAGUGCGAAACGACGUAGUCACAGCCGAUCCCGAGACAAAACAGGGAAGGACAGUAAACUUGACCGAAUGACCAAAAGUACAAAAGAGACUGUCAAGGAAUGUAGCAAGUCCAAAGAGAGAAAACGAUCCCGGAGCAGGGACAAAUCCAAAGAACGUGUGAGGAAAUCCCAGUCUCCGUCCACUCGAAGGCGCUCCUCUGCAGAAAGAAAAGUUGACCAGAAGUGCCGUUCAGACCGACGCUCUUCACCUCGUAUGGAUGAAAAGCGGGAGCCUGCUGGGCAGAAAUCAGGUUCACGUGGGCGUAAGAGUCGGUCACAAGAACGGCGGUCUCGUUCCAAAGAUGCCCGGGCAGGACGCUCCGAGGCUGACAGAGAAAAGAGGCCGGGAAAGUCUCCAUCUAAAGACACUUCUUCUGGAAAAGAGAAUCGAUCACCUCAUCACAGGCGAGCUCUGAGCCCUCAACGACGGCGCAGUUCUUCUCCUCGCCACAGGGAGCGCCAACCCAACCAGCCCCCCUCGGGUUCUGCGGACCGCAGUUCCAAACUGAGCCACUCUCCGUCUAGGAAUAGAUCACCUGCCAGGAGGGCACGAAGUCGCUCGAUUGAGCGCAGGAGAGAUUCUCCUUCCAGGAAGCGUCCCCGUGUCGAUGGUGGGGUUGGGAGGUCACGGGAGAAAAGUCCAGUUCGGCGCAGGGUGAGCCGCUCACCACUAAGACGCAGAUCUGUUUCACCACGGCGACAGUCUCGCCCCUCCCCCAGGAGGCGGAGCCGAUCACCCCUCAGACGCAGGUCUGCUGAUAGGGAUCGGUUUGGGCGCCUCAGACCACGGCGAUCCACCUCCAGAGAUCGUGAGAGGAGGAGAAGGCGGAGUCGAGAUGAAGACAAGUUCAAAGGCAGCCUAUCAGAGGGCAUGAAAGCAGACCAAGAUGAUGAUUCUGAAGAAGUGAUAGAAGAUUUUGAUGCCGAGGAGGAGGACGAAGAGGCUUUGAUUGAGCAACGACGACAACAGCGGCUUGCUAUUGUACAGAAAUAUAGAGCUGUAAACGAGGACAGUAAUAUGGGCUCCAUGGCAUCAGAGCCCAGCAGUCCUCAGAGCAGCACCCGGAGCCGUUCGCCCUCCCCUGAUGACAUCCUGGAACGCGUAGCAGCCGACGUGAAGGAAUACGAGCGGGAGAAUGUGAACACCUUUGAGGCCAACAUCAAGGCUAAACACAAUCUCAUCGCUCAGGAGAAAGAAGGAGCCAACCCAAAGAAACCUUCAGCACCUGAUAUGUUCACUGAGUCAGAUGACAUGUUUGCUGCAGACUUUGAUAGUGCCAGGCUCAGGGCUGCAGGCAUUGGUAAAGACUUUAAAGAGAACCCCAAUCUCAGGGAUAACUGGACUGAUUCAGAAGGAUACUACCGUGUGAACAUUGGUGAGAUACUGGACAAGCGGUAUGAUGUGUAUGGGUACACUGGUCAGGGUGUGUUUAGUAAUGUGGUGAGAGCUAGAGACACUGCCCGGGCUGGCCAGGAGGUGGCAGUCAAGAUCAUCCGUAACAAUGAGCUCAUGCAGAAGACAGGCCUGAAGGAGCUAGAGUUUUUAAAGAAACUGAAUGACGCAGAUCCGGAUGAUAAAUUCCACUGUUUGCGUCUCUUCAGGCACUUUUACCACAAACAGCAUCUCUGUUUGGUGUUUGAACCUCUCAGUAUGAAUCUGCGUGAGGUGCUGAAGAAGUAUGGUAAAGAUGUAGGACUUCACAUCAAGGCAGUGCGUUCCUACAGUCAGCAGCUCUUUCUGGCCCUCAAACUACUGAAACGCUGCAACAUCCUCCACGCCGACAUUAAACCAGACAACAUUCUAGUGAAUGAGUCAAAGACCAUUCUUAAACUGUGUGAUUUCGGCUCAGCGUCCCAUAUUGCCGACAAUGAAAUUACACCCUACCUAGUCAGCAGAUUUUACAGAGCGCCUGAAAUCGUCAUCGGUAAGCCAUAUGAUUAUGGGAUUGAUAUGUGGUCGGUUGGCUGUACUCUUUAUGAGCUGUACACAGGGAAGAUUCUGUUCCCUGGCUCCUCCAACAACCACAUGCUGAAACUAGCCAUGGAUGUCAAAGGCAAGAUGCCCAACAAGAUGAUACGUAAAGGCCUGUUUAAAGACCAACAUUUUGACCAGAACUUGAAUUUCCUGUACAUAGAGGUUGACAAAGUGACUGAAAGGGAGAAGGUAACAGUGAUGAGCACCAUUAACCCCACUAAAGACCUACUUGCGGACAUGAUCGGCGGUCAGAGGUUACCUGAGGAACAGAGGAAGAAGGUCAUGCAGCUCAAGGAUAUGCUGGAUGGAACUCUGAUGCUGGAUCCAGCUAAACGCAUCAGCAUCAACCAGGCCCUACAGCAUCCUUUCAUUCAGGAGAAGAUAUGACACCGCUUCUGAACUUUGACCUUCCAGUAGAGCCAGAGAUGCUCUGCUGUUCCAGGACUGAGCCAACAGACUCCAGUUCAGAAUGUUCAGAACCAUCUUGAGACUUUCAGUUUUCUGUUUUUAUUCAUUCUUGUUUUUCUAGUGAUUUUUUUUUUUUUUUUUUAUCUUUCAGAAUGAUCUUGGUUUUUAUUGUAUAUAGACACACAUUGUCAUUCACUGAGAGAGAGGCACAGUUAGCGGUAAUCAGACUUUGUCUUAUUUAACUUCAAAAUUGACCAAACUGUGCAGAAACAGUUGAGUUGUUUAGGUGUUGAAGGCAAGAAUGGUUGGGCAAGCAUGACAGUGGGGCAUCUAGACAUUAAAGACCAAUUCUUUUGGAGUUUCUCAAAUUGUAAUCCAAAUCUGUGUCCCUAUUGGUGACAGAUUAAAGAUUCUUCUAAUCAAGGCAUGCACCAUUGACUUUUUGGCUGUGCUUCAAUGAUUUUUGUGCCACUGAUCUAUAAAUAGGCAGUCUUCGGUUCUGACAAAUGUUCACUGGUUCAGCUGGGCCGACUGACCCAUGAGUUUUGCUGGUUAGUAAUUUCAUAAGGCCUUCUCCCUAAUUAAAUGAUUGGACAUGUGAAAACAGAAGUUCAUCCUGUGCUUAAAUGUUGGUUUUGCUGUAUUUAUCUCAGUUAUUCUGUACCUCAAACUUGGUUAGUAGUUUCUGGUCCCUUUUUAUUGACAUUAGAAGCUGUCUCUUAUCCACAAAUUUUAGCCAUUUAAUUUACAUAGGACUUAAUGGUGUAAAGGAUGUCCAAAAAGCACUGGUUUAGGUCCAAAGCUCUUGUUUUAAUUGAAACUACUUUUUGGUUCAUUAGUCUCAUAUGGUGUUCAUUAGCUAAGACCCUGUUCUAGUUCAGUUUAGGGUGCUAGUUAGCCCCGAGGUGCAUAUUUGGUUACUAGUAAAAUUCAGCAUAUCAAGCUUAAUGAAAGUGUUAUGGAUGAAAAUAUUGAGAUUCAACGCCCCAAAAUUAAGGUUAUUUGAUAUGAAGUGCCUCCCUUUGCGAUCAAUUUAAAAAAAUUGUUUGACAUUAAAUAGUGUCUCACAGAGAAGCCCUAACAAACUGGUGAUCACGUUUAUUUUUCAAUGUAAAUAUUUCACCGUUUUCAUUAUUUACAACAUCUGUGUAAUUUUCUUACUGGAAAAUGAAAGAUUUUUUUUGUUUAUGAAAAUAAAAGAUUCGAAAGAUUGGAUUGUGAUGGAACAUGAAAACAGCACCUUGUGUGUUAUCAUUUUAGUAAUAAAAUGUUUCAAAUUUUAAUAA